GGUGCGUGAAUCAGAACGAGGCAUUACGUCGUAGAGGGGUCUAGCUAUUGAUUGACAUCGGUCCCCACCCUAUGACGGCCAUAUUGCGAACCGGUGCUUUACAAAACUAGGCUAUUCAGCAUUGACAGUUCCAGGGGAUUUCAACACCAAUCUGGUUUCUAGGGGGAUCUCUAACACUCUUUGGUUUUAGACGGCGGCUGAGGGUAUACAAUCAAAAUGCCGAAGCCGGUCAAUGUCCGUGUUGUCACUAUGGACGCAGAACUGGAGUUCGCGAUCCAGCCAAACACAACUGGCAAACAGUUAUUUGACCAGGUGGUCAAAACAAUUGGUCUGAGGGAGAUUUGGUUCUUCGGACUUAUGUACAUAGAUAAUAAGAAUUGUAUUACUUGGUUAAAGUUGAAUAAGAAGGUGCUAACUCAGGAUGUUAAGAAAGAACAACCUCUACAGUUUAAAUUCAGGGCAAAAUUCUUCCCAGAAGAUGUAUCAGAAGAACUUAUUCAGGAGAUCACACAGAGAAUGUUUUACCUUCAAGUGAAAGAGGGCAUCUUGAAUGAUGAUAUUUACUGCCCACCAGAAACGGCAGUCCUCCUAGCUUCCUAUAGCUGUCAAGCAAAGUAUCAUGAUUACAGCAGUGACGUUCACAAACCAGGGUUCCUUUCCAAUGACAGAUUACUGCCCCAGAGAGUAUAUGAUCAACACAAGCUGAGCCGAGAGCAGUGGGAAGAACGAAUCACAACCUGGUACUGUGAACACAAAUCAAUGACCCCAGAAGAUGCCAUGAUGGAAUACCUGAAAAUAGCACAGGACUUGGAGAUGUACGGUGUGAAUUACUUUGAGAUCAGAAACAAGAAGGGGACAGAACUCUCACUAGGAGUAGACGCACUUGGAUUGAAUGUGUAUGAGAAGGAUGAUAAACUAACACCUAAGAUCGGAUUCCCGUGGAGUGAAAUCCGGAACAUUUCUUUCAAUGACAAGAAGUUUGUCAUUAAACCAAUAGACAAGAAAGCACCAGACUUCAUCUUUUACGCUCCUCGCCUUAGGAUAUGCAAGAGAAUUUUAGCUCUGUGUAUGGGAAAUCAUGAGUUGUACAUGAGGAGGAGGAAGCCAGAUACAAUUGAAGUGCAGCAGAUGAAAGCUCAGGCCCGAGAUGAGAAACUUGCCAGACAGAGGGAAAGGGAUGAGCUGCUGCGAGAGAAACAACAGCGAGAGAUCGAGGAGCGUGAGAAGAAGCAGCUGCAAGAGAGACUUCGCUUACUGGAGGAAGAGCGGGAACAGAUGAAGCGGGAUGAUCUAGAGAAACAGAAGGUGUUUGAGGAAAUGCAGAGCAAGAUGAGUGCUCAAGAGGCUGCCAUUGCUGAGGAGGUCGUCUCCAGGAGGAACAUGCAGGCAGCUGAGAGUCUUAAGGAAGAAGAAAGGUUACAGCUGGAACAAGAGCUGUUGGCAGCUAAAGAAGCACUGGAGAGUCGGCAGUGUGAGCUUCAGGAACAGGUGCUGUUUGUCAACAACCUGAAGGAGGACCUUGACAAGACAAAGGCAGAUGCUGAGGCCAAGGAAAGAGAACUGGCCGAACAGCUGCGUGUGAGAGAGGAGGAGAGGGCACGGCAGCUGGCCGAGUUGGAAGAGCAGGAGAGGAUGCGUCGGGAGAUGGAAGAGAGGCUCUCUGCUGCUGUCCAUGUGCACGAGCACGAGGAUGAUAAUGAGGAACAUGGCUCCUCAGAACUUCAAGUAGAAGAAAACUACAUGAACCUGGCUCGACCUGAAGAGAGUCGUCAAGUCAUAGCUGAUACUAACGAGUCUCUCAGCGCCAAGUUAAAGUCUUUGAGUUCUGAGCUGGACAAUGCUCGUCAUGAGGAGAAGAUUACAAAGAUGGACCAACUCCAUAUUGACAACAAGAGAGCUGGCCGUGACAAAUACAAAACUCUAAAACAGAUCCGUCAGGGCAACACAAAACGGCGAGUGGAUGAGUUCGAGAGCAUGUGAACAAGUACUAUCGUCACCUUGAUCUUGGGAACCUCCUACCCUCUCCAAGAGGGCAAUCCACUCUACCACUGUGAAUUGGGUUCUCAUACUGAAUGUUUUAUUAUGGGAACUACCAAGAACUGAUGUACCAGUUUAUAUAGCCACAUUUCUAUCUACUGUUCUAUGGACCUACUAUCUCUCACCAUCACUCUAGACUGAGGUCUUUUCACUCAGGAUAUAUCGUAAGGAGGCUAAUUCUGUGCGUUAAUUGCCGAGAAGCAAUUUUUGCCUCAUGAAUAUGAAUGGAGAACAAUGUGACAGCAUAGUCGUGCAGGGAUCACUGACCCAGGCAUGGUUGGAGGUUUACUCAAUAUUCCAGAUGGAUUUUAUUAAUCAUUAAUUCCAUAAGGUCACCAAAGUGGCAUUUUUAGUAGACUUAGGACUUUUCCAAGAUAACAUGUUUGAAGAACUAUUUUUCAAAUUGAAAUCAAAAUUACACAAGACAGCAUGGUGCAAAGGUUAUGUCUGGGUUGUCAAACUUGUCAUUAAAUAUGUAAAAUGAUGACUUGUUUAGCUGACUAGGUAUCCAAUAAUGCCUUUUUGUAUCUGAUUGAUAUUUUGUAACCAGACUGUACAGAUAAACAAUUGCUUAAUACCCCAAGUACAUUGUUUGUGCUUUAGUUCUGGGUGCUAGCUGUGUGUAAGCAUGGGACCGUCAUGCAGUCAACACCAAACAAACAUCUCAUCAGGGUUGUCAUUCAGGCCUCGCUCUUCAACUUGGUAAUUGUUCAAACUAGGACAAAUUCCAGUGGACUGGUUCUCUUCUACAGUUUCCAUUUUGUGAAUUUCCUUGUAGUUCAUGCACAGCUGAUGGGAAACACAUAAUGGGAUACUGUCUUUUCGGCAGCAGUUUCUCUCAUGAAUACUAAAGGCAAAACUAUAUAUAUAUAUAUAUAUAUAUUGCCAUCAAGGUUAGAAAAAGUGCCGAUGUUAGCAGUUUGUCUUUUUGAAAACAGAUAUGCAUGGAGUUCAUUUUUUUACAUGAAUGUAGUAUGUCUCCGUGCAGUUAUUUCUGUGAUAUUCUUUGUUGAAAAUUGAGCGACCAAUAUAUCAUGGCCAGUUAUUUUAAUGAUUUUGUCACAGUUUGGUUGUAUGGACCAUGGAAUUCUUUCUUAGCAAGAACAGCCUUUUCAGCUGGUGAACAAAAUUAAUUCCUCUGCUAUUCUUGGAGCACCGUUUAUAAAGACUCACUUUUCUGAUUUUGAAUGCUUGUGACGCUUUAUGAAUGGGAACAUAACAGAAUCACUAUUUUUGUAGCAAACGUUUAAAUAUAUUUUAUCAUUGAUGGCUGUCCAGUUUGAAUUUAAAUGGAAAUUGUAUUGAGGAUUGUGUUUCAAACCACAUUUGUGUGAUCUCAUUGAAAGGAGUGCCAUCUGGUGUUAUAGUGUUGUGGCUAUAAUGAGAAGAUACUGGACCAUCAAAAGGAAAUCAUAUUCAGCAAAAAUCUAUAUACAUGAAGUCUUUUGGAUUUUUUGUUUUCUCUGUAAUGUAACAUAGCACUUGUAUACAGAUUAUACUAUAGGCUUACUUUGCAUUUUCUAACUUAUUUUACUCUGAUAUUUCUGAUAUGAGAUUUUUAGAAUAAUUUUCAAAUAGUGUUCAAUAAAAAUGGAUGGAACUAUUCUUGAAGAAUGUAUCAAAGAAAAAAUUGAUAUUAAAUUGAACAAUAAUUCCAAUUACUAUUUAUCUUCUGUUUUCUGUCUUUUGUGUAAGCUUGUCCUCAGCAUUAUCUGUACAGAGACUUUAGAGGCUUCCAGAAUGACUUCUGCGUAAGUGCAAGAAAAAACAUAGUAACUUGAUGACUAAUUAUGCCAAAAUUGAUAGCGGAAAUUAUUUUAUUUAUUUUUUUCAUUGAUAUUUUUUUACUUCUGUUUGUCAUUCUUUAGAAGCGCCACUUAAUGCCCAUGCUAUACAGAAUAUGAGAAUGGGUCAGACUGUACCUUGUCCACAUGAAAGGUAAUAGCUGGUACUGGGUCAGUUUGACUAAGAACAUUCUACAUAACCAUAUAGUCAUAAGAUGUCUCAUCGAGUAUGCUAUGUUAUCACGAUUGGCAAUAAAUAUUUCAAAACAGA